GUCUUAGCUUCGAAUACGUCCCAACAGAUCAGAGUGCCCGGAGACAUCUCGCCUCAAGUUUACUUUACGCCGUCCUCUUCUAUGUCGCAUUCGACCAGUUCGUUGAAAAGACACAUUUCAUUCAGAAACCACUCGGUAUCUGCUUGGUUUGUUCCUACGAGCGUGGAUAGAUAUCGCAUUUUUUGGAGAUUUAACACCUAAGUGGAGGUUGGCAAUCCAAUUCUACAGUCAGAAAUAUGGAAUCAAAUGGCAUAGCUGGAAAACACGGUAUGGAGGGAGACUCGGACCUGCAGUUCCUGCUGACUGGAGGGGACCUGCUGAAGGUGCGAUCCAGCUCCUGGAAGAAAACCCGCUUCUACAAGCUCCAGGAGGACUGCAAGACCAUAUGGCACGAGUCGCACAAGACCCUCAGAUCCAAGCAGACUUUCUCCAUUGACGACAUUGAGGCGGUGCGGGCGGGCCGGCAGUCGGAAGGGCUCCAGAAGUACACGGAUGACCAGGUGGAGAACCGCUGCUUCUCCAUCAUCUUCAAGGGCCGGCGGAAGAACCUGGACCUGAUCGCCAGCUCCGAGGAGGAGGCCAGGCAGUGGGUCACCGCCCUGCAGAAGGUCAUCAGCAACAUGCGCAACCUCAACCGCCAGCAGAACACCGAGCACUGGAUCUACAACUGCAUGCGCAAAGCAGACAAGAACAGCGACAGCAAGAUGAGCCUGAAAGAGCUGAAGCACUUCCUGCAGCAGGUGAACAUCGAGGUGGACGACGACUACGCCCAGAUGCUGUUUGAGAAAUGUGACCGUUCCAAGUCAGGCUACCUGGAGGGGCCUGAAAUUGAGCAUUUCUACAAACUCCUGACUGAGCGGGAGGAGAUCGAUGUCAUCUAUGGGCAGUACGCCACGACAAACGGCCAAAUGAGCAGCACGGACCUGCUCAACUUUCUGCUCAAGGAACAGCGGGAAUCUUCCUCUGUAGAUGAUGCCCUCAAGCUCAUUGAGAAGUACGAGGUGGACGACACAGCCAAGGAGAAGCAGCACAUGACCCAGGACGGCUUCCUGAUGUACCUGCACAGUCAAGAAGGUUUGAUCUUUAACCCUGCCCACAAGGGGCUAUACCAGGACAUGACUCAGCCCCUCAACCAGUACUUCAUCUCUUCCUCCCACAACACCUACCUGAUGGAGGACCAGUUGAAGGGGCCUAGCAGCACUGAAGCCUACAUUCGGGCGCUGAUGAAGAGCUGCCGCUGUGUUGAGCUGGACUGCUGGGACGGGUCACAGGGUGAACCGGUCAUCUACCACGGCUACACCCUGACCUCCAAGAUCCUCUUCAAAGAUGUCAUCAAAGCCCUGAAGGAGUACGCCUUCAAGACCUCAGAGUACCCUGUGAUCAUCUCCCUGGAGAACCACUGCAGCUUGGAGCAGCAGAAGCUCAUGGCCCAACACAUGACCUCCAUCCUGGGCAGUGCUCUUGUCACAGCACCCCUGGGGGAAGAGAUGCCCACAGACUUCCCCUCUCCUGAGGACCUGAAAGGCCGGUUCCUGAUCAAAGGAAAGCGUCUGAACAAACUGGAUGCCUUCUAUACCACUGAGAACAAUGUGGAGGACGAAAGUGUGUCUGAGGACGAUGAAGCUGCAGAAGCAGAGGGGAAUGAGGAGAAAAAACCCAAGAAGAAGACCAAGCUGAAACUGGCGAAGGAGCUUUCUGAUAUCGUCAUCUACUGCAAGAGCGUCCACUUCAAUGGCUUUGAGGAUGCUACAGACAACCGGGCCUUCUAUGAGAUGUCGUCUUUCAAAGAAGGAAAAGCCGUAAAGCUGGCUGAAGAGUCAGCAAAUGAAUUCAUUCAGCACAAUAUCAGCAAGCUGAGCAGAGUCUACCCUGCGGGCUCCCGAACAGACUCCUCCAACUACAACCCAGUGCCACUGUGGAACGCCGGUUGCCAGAUAGUGGCCCUGAACUUCCAGACACCCUCUGCGGAGCUGGACCUGAACCAGGGCCGGUUCCUUCCCAAUGGCUUUAACGGGUACAUCUUGAAGCCGGCUUACCUGCGGGACCCUGCCUCCGAGUUUGACCCCAUAACACUCACCAAGGGCGAGUGGCUUCAGCACAAGAUUCUACACGUCAUGAUCAUUUCAGCCCAACAGCUCCCCAAACUGAACAAGAACGCGAAGUCCGUUGUGGAUCCCCUGGUGAGAGUGGAGAUCUACGGCGUACCAGCAGACACCACAUCCAAAGAGACGGUCCAUAUUAGCAACAAUGGGUUCAACCCCAUGUGGAACGAACAGUUCCAGUUCGAGGUGUACGUGCCAGAGUUGGCCAUGGUGCGCUUUGUGGUGGAGGACUACGACUCCACGUCUCAGAACGAUCUCAUCGGACAGUACACCCUGCCCUUCACCAGUUUACAGAACGGAUACCGGCACGUUCCCCUGCUCUCAAAGAAUGGUGAUGUCAUGGCUUCAGCGGGACUGUUUGUGCACAUGAUGGCGGUUGAUGCCCAAUAAGCCCCGCCCUCUCCUGUUCCCCAGAUCUAAAAGCCAAAAUCUGUGUGCUUUCCAAAGGAAUUCCACACAACCUGUUUUUACACACUGCAGUCAUCUGUAAUUUUUUUAACCUUUUUUCUUAUUCUCAGAAUCAACAGAUGCAAAGUCAUUUUGGUUACUCAGUUUGCUGUUUUUAGAAAUAGAUUAGUUUUAGUAUGCUUCUAAUGAAAUGUUGUGUUUAUAGACACAGAGAUAUUAGUAGGACUCAGAAAUGAAAGAUUUUAAAGACAUGUGGAUGUCCACGGGAUUCAAAAUGCUGUUAUAGGCACAGGGAUAUCAACAGGAUUCAGAAUGCUUGACGUUAAAGAAACACUACACCACUGAAUCUUGCCCAGUUCUUGCGCUAACAAUCAUGUCGGUUCACAGUCCAGAAGAGACACGCUAAUUAGAUCAGACUUAGCGUCACUGAUGAUUGCUAUUGCAAUUAUAAUAACGCAGCUCACCAGAAACUGAAUAUGCUCUUACAAUUCAUGUGUUUUUGUUAGUUUAUUGUGAUUAUUCAGCAUAAAUUACAAACAUGAUUACAAUCAUAGCAUACUAAAAGGAACAAAUACUCUGGGAUACAGAACUUUUUGCUCAUAUGACUGUUUUUGAUGUGUUUAUAGCUAUCACCUAUGUCCAUAGUUAACAAUACAUUUGAUAUGUUUUCGUAAACAUUUUGUGUGACUUGGAAUAAGCCUCUAUUUUACCAUGAUAAUCCUUUUGUUUUUUUCAAAUCAAUAUUUUAGGAAAUGAAUUUCUGAAUUGAUAGUCUACUCACUGCUUUUGAUAUUCAACACUAAACUUGGUAUUAUAAUCAAGGAUCCUAUCUCAAAGAUAGUUUCACAGACCCAGACUAUUUGAUGAUCUUUGAAGCCAAACAUGGAAGAAAAGGGCCUGUCAGAGUGCCAUCUAAACACCUGAAUAUUCUUUAGCCUUCAAAGACAUGGUGGAUUUAUACUGAUAUUGGACUCAUGGUGAUCAACCAUUCUCUAUCAGGUUCUUAGAAUAUUAAGAGUCAGGGUCUGUGAAAGCAGGUAUUUGCCAAUAAAAGACUUGUAUCAGUA